UUCCGUCAGUAGAGCGGUGUCUGACAGCCUGCGUGGCCGGCCAGCAGCUUUCUUCCCCGGGUGGGAAAUCCGACAGGGAUCGGUCAAAGACGGAGCGUCGGAAAGAUUCCGACAAAAGAGAUGAACCAAAAGGAGCGGACUGGCUAACCAAAGCAGGGAGGUGAAAGUAGACGACUAGUUGUUUUUGUUUACAUUCAGUAAGCUACUCGGGGAACAUUUUGGCAAUGAUUGGACUCAGUGGUGGGAGAGGAUAUUUUUUUAUUCAUUGUUUUUCUCCAUCGCUUUCACUGCGCUGAUACUGUUCAUCAGCCUGCCGAGCAUCGUGAAGGACCAGUCUCACUCCGGCUGCUCUGCCCGCCGCUGCUCUCCCCUCCUUUUAGAGCCGUUCGGGCUCCGGAUAAACGUGUGUGGAUGCUGUGCAGUUUUCUUUCACAUGUUAACAUAAAAUAGCAUCUCUUGGGAGGGAGAUAAACUAGGAAAAAGGUCAGAAAACAACCGUGAAACAACGAUGGCAACCAACAUUAUUUAUUAAGUAGUGAGGUGGAGGAAGGCUGUGGUGAAUAGCGGACACAAGGAGGAGAGAAAAGAGAAGAGGAUUCGCAGCAGGAGGAGAACCAAAAACCUGCAGGUUUGUUGAGCCUGCGGGGAUGAGGACGAGGAGGGACGGAGCCUAACACAGCCAAGGUGUUAGUGUGAUUAGAGGAGAGGGAGCUGGAAGAGGAGAGGCAUUAAAGCGCAGGUUGUUUCCAAUCAAAAAGAGGCGGUGAUGGCCGGUAAAUGCACCGGGGUGCACACACUCCGUAAGCCGACCGCAGCCCUGUCAUGAAGAGGAGGAGAUUAGAGAGAGCAAACACAGAGGAGGUGACCCUUAUCAUAUCCUAAAGGGGACAAGACAUAGAGCAUGACCUUGUGUUUGUCUACAUUGCCAAAGAAGAGCCAAGGAGAAGCCUUCAUGGCCAGAGUAUCAUCGCCUUCCUAGCUCCAUCAGGAGCCCUUUUAACCCUGCUGCAAGCUGCACUGGGGGGCUCAAACGUUCCCCUGACUCCACCAGGAGACUCACUCCAACCCAAGUGCCAGCUCAGAUAACCCUUUUGACUGUUGGCAACCACAUGUUUGAGGUGACUGUGUGUGACCGCCGCCGCCCAUUCUCGAGCAGCAGCAGCUUCCUGCGACCCCUAUCCGCACCAUGCAGUGGAGACGGCGGCACUGCUGUCCUAUCAAGAUGACCUGGACCGUCAAGCGUUCACUCUUCCGGACCCAUGUGGCCGGCCUCCUCUCGCUGGCUCUGCUCUUCACCCUCUUCUUGUUUUUCAGCCACCAGGACUGGUUGCCGGGACGCAGUGGGCCCCGUGAAAACCCACUGGCAUACACCAUCAGGGGCUUCCGCAGCCCAAAAGGAGAAGCCAACCAGAGCAGCUCCCUGAGGAGCCUGUGGAGAGAGACCGGGUAUGUAGCGCCAAAGCCUCUGCUCAACCUCAGUUCUCAGCAGGCGGAUGGGGCAACGGGGGAGGCAGCAGGAGGGGGAGGAGGAGCCAGGAUGGGCGUGAUGGGGCUCGGGGACUCCAUGAGCACUAACAACAGUUUACACAAGGAGAUGGGUGUCGGAGGGAGGCUCAGCGCUCAGCCUUACCGCUACAUCCUGAACGAGCCCUUCAAGUGCAGGGACAGCACGCCCUUCCUCAUCCUCCUCAUCGCUGCAGAGCCCGCCCAGGCCGAUGCCCGUAACGCCAUCCGCCAGACAUGGGGGAAUGAGAGCAUAGCAAUGGGCCUGGGGUUUGUUCGUCUUUUCCUGCUCGGCACGGGAAAAAGCUCAGAUACCUACCUGCAGAGCAGCAUAGAGGAAGAGAGCCGCGUUCACCACGACAUCAUCCAACAGGAUUAUCAGGACACUUACUACAACCUGACCAUCAAAACCCUGAUGGGCAUGAACUGGGUGGCCACCUAUUGCCCACACGCUUCUUAUGUGAUGAAGACAGACAGCGACAUGUUUGUCAACACUGAGUAUCUUAUCCAAAAGCUGUUGAAGCCCGAAUUGCCGCCCAAGCAGAGAUACUUCACCGGCUACCUGAUGAGGGGCUAUGCACCAAACCGAAACAAGGACAGCAAGUGGUACAUGCCGCCGGAGCUGUACCCAAGCGAGCGCUACCCCAUAUUCUGCUCAGGCACGGGGUACGUGUUCUCAGGGGACAUGGCCGAGCUGAUCUACCAGGCCUCGCUCAGCAUACGCAGGCUGCACCUGGAGGAUGUUUACGUGGGGAUCUGCCUGGCAAAGCUGCGCAUCGACCCGGCGCCCCCUCCCAAUGAGUUCCUCUUUAACCAUUGGCGGGUGUCGUACUCCAGUUGUAAGUACAGCCACCUGAUCACAUCCCAUCAGUUCCAUCCAAAUGAGCUCAUCAAGUACUGGACCCACUUGCAGAGCAACAAGCACAACGCCUGUAUCAACAUCGCAAAGGAAAAGAACGGCAGGUACAGACACCGAAAGUUUCAUGGAGAGAGGCCUCCAUGAUGCAUCCUGGGACUACCCACCACUUAAAAAAAAAAAUCAAGAUGGGCGCACUGUAACUCAGCCCGUAGAGGGCAUUUUGAACUCAGCACUAUUCACUAUAUGGGGAAAAGCACAUUGUUUUUGGUAUUGUGUACAGUUGAUGAUCCAAACUAUUUUUUUAAUUUGAGAAAAAAA